AGUUGUCCAGGCUCCUGAAAUGUUAGCAACCAAGCUCUUUGUUUUGCCGAUUAUUCCUCUAUUGGGUAUCCUUUGUAACUCCAUAACGGAAGCUCAUGAAUUCAGACAGGGCAGCAAGCUGAGAAUACUGACUGAUGAGACCUUCGAGCACGACACACAGGCGUCGACUGGCAGCACUACUGGUCCGUGGUUCGUUAUGUUUUACGCUCCAUGGUGUGGUCAUUGCCAAAAGCUCUUACCAACAUGGGAGGAUCUUGCAGAUGAAAUGUAUGGUCGAGUGAAUGUAGCUGCAGUUGACGUUAUGGCAAAUACUGAAGUUGGAUCUAGGUUUACGAUAAAGAGGUUGCCUACUCUGUAUAUGAUCAAUCAGAGCAAGAUAUAUCGGUAUGGAGGGCAGAGAACCUUAGAGGCUCUCUCCAAGUUUGCCAGCUCUCCCGAGGUCUAUGCCACUGAAGCCACCGAAGCCAUGGAUGUCCCCCCGCCCCCUAGUGGGUUGAAGCAUGCCUGGGCGCAAGUGGAGAGACUUAUCCAGUCGAAGUUUGUCACAGAUCACCCUAUCAUUGUUGCUCUGUGCUUCUCUGGUUCUAUGUUUUUGCUUAUGGCGAUAAGUGCUUAUGCGCUAUUCUUGUGCACGAACGUGUCGGAUGCGGAUGCCGAGGCCGAACUCCGUAGGCAGCUCAAAGUCGAGAAGAAUAAGCAAAGCGGUGCCCCAGCAGAGGAGCGCACAGAGGGAAAGGCUAGCGAUGAUGUCAGUGAGAGCAAAAAGGAGAAGUAGAUCUGAAUUGUGCCCUAAGUCAUUUCUCCAAACUA